CACGCUCCUCUGGGGCAACGAGUCCUCGCCUCUGGCGGACAUCCACCCGCCGUCCCCUCCGCCCAAGGCCGCCACGCCAGCAGCAGCAUCCCCCCCACAGCGCGCGCCCAUGUUCCCCUCGUCCCCCAGCGUCGCCUGCUCGCCUCCCAAGCCUCCCCACCCGGCCCCCGACACCAAGGCCGCCAUCCGGCUGCGCUUCGCGGGGGACAGGGCGCGCGGGGCGGCGGGGCUGUUGUUCAUGGGCAAGGCCAGCCGCCGCACGCUGUCCGUCAGCAGCCACGCCUCCUCCUGCUCCGUGCUCACCCUCUCCUCCACCGCCUCCGCUCCCCCCGCCCCCGACCCUGAGUCGCCAGCCGUGGAGCAGGGGGCGGUGAGGGUGCGGCACAUGCACACGGCGUCACGCGCGUCCAUAGCGAACUCACUGUUCGACGACCCCAUGCUGGACGCCAUCUACGCCGACGACGAUGCUGACCCUGACCACCCCGACCCUGACCAGGACCGCUCCGAGGACGGAUGGGCGGCGCGUGGUGACAGCAUAGCGGAGGGCAGGACGAGCUCCAUCCACCUGGGCAGUGGGCGGCUGGGCAGCAUGCGGUAUGGCGAGGGCGCGGAGGAGGAGUGGGGCGUGGAGGUGGAGCGCGAGGCCAGUAGCAUGCGCGCGCUGGUGCAGCAGAUCGCGGACAGGGGCGGCCUCGAGGACUGCCUCGCCAGCUAUGCUGGCAUGCGCAUGGAGGUGGUGCGGCGAGCGGUGAAGGAGGCGGACGUGCAGCUGGCCGUGAGUGCGGGCGCGCUGGAGGGGCAGGCGUGGGGCGCCGUCGAACCCAUGUUCAAGACGUGGCUCUCCCAGGCCCACUCCCUCGCGUUGGUGCUGGUGCAGCGGGAGCGCGCGCUGCUGGCGGCCAUCUUCAAGGACAUCCCCUCCUUCGCACUCUCUGCGCCGCCCGGCCCCGCCAAGCCUGCGCUGGCGCGCCUGCCGUCGCUGGCGGCGAAGCUGCCGACGCCGACGGCGCUGCUGGCGGACAUCAUGGUGGAGGCGGGGCUGCUGACAGCGCUCUUCCACCUGCGCGCCAGUGCCACCGCGCUGCUGCACACGGCACCGGCGCCCGAGAAGAUCUUCGUGCUGCUCGACAUGUACUGGCUGCUGCGCUCCACCACCGACAACAUGAGGGAGGUGGCGCCGGCCAGUCUGGCGGAAGCGUGGGGGGCGCUGCCACGCAGGGCGGCGGAGGCGGCGACCAAGAGUUUGGCGGAGCUGCAGGCCAUGGUGGAGCAGGGGUGCAGGGCGCCGCCCGCCACCACCACCAAGAAGUCCCUCGGCGCCCGCCUAAGGCUGCCUCGGCCGGGGCGCAAGAAGGCGCAGGAGGGGGCGCCGAGCAGUGUGGCGGUGCACCCCGUCACCAGCUACGUCGUCAACUACCUGCAGCAGUUCCAAGACAGGUCGCAUGCGGGCAGCUACGGGUGCAUAUUGGAGGAGGCGCUGAGGGAGUUUGAGGAGGGCGCGAGUGUGGAGCGCGAGACAGGGCUGCUGCUGGAGGGCGUGCAGGCGAACAUGGAGGUGAAGGGGCGCGCGUGCCCCACGGACAUCACCUGCGCCAUCUUCCUCAUCAACAACCUCCACUACCUCGCAUCUUUUGCGGAGAAGAACGAGCACCCGUGUGCGGGGGCGUUGAGUGCAGUGUUGGAGAAGCACACCGACGCGUUUGUCAGCCUUGCGCUCAAAAGGAUUCUGGACGCAUUGGGGCCGGGCGACAGCAGCAGCAUCGAUGACAACGAAGUCAUCAAGAGGCUGCGGGUGUUCAACGCGGCGUUUGAGGAGCUGGCGCUGGAGCAGAAGGACUGGAGCUUCACCAACGACGACUGCCGUCGCAACAUGCGCCAGCGCCUCGCCUCCACCGUGCGCACCACCUACGCCAAGUUCCUCCUGCCGCACAGUGCCCUUUGCCACUGUGUCCCUCGCCACUCGCCCCCCCCACACGCAUCUGAACCCCCCUCUCCACUCCCUUCCCCACUUUCCCCCCGUCACAAUCCUUGCAUGUGCACCCCCUGCGCGGGGGGGGAUCAGGGAGGACCUGUGCACGAUGCCGACGUACCACUGGGCGCCGGACGGGGUGGAGCGCCUCAUGCAGAAGUCCUUCCUCUUCAACAGCUCGCUGCUGCCCUUCUCUGCCUCCCUGUAGCGCAUGCCGCACCGCGCAACACCAUGGCAGUUAUCGCUCCACAGGGCGGGGGACAGCCCGUCGUCUGGGAGCUGGGUUGA